UACCCCUGUGAUACGCAAAUGUGUUAGAUGAAAGAAUACGUUUAAUUGUCACCUAUUAAUUGUACAAAUAAUGGAUUUUGUUAUGAUGCUUUCAUCCACACAUAUAACACACUUUUAUCAUAUUCACCCCACUGCUCUCAUUAUUCCCCCUCCCAUCCACUUCUCCCUAAUAAUACAAAUACUUUUUUAUGCCUUCUUUCCUUGAUUACAUAAGUGAACAAAAUCAUGUGGUACUUGUCUUUCUGGCUUCUUUGCUUAACAUGAUAGGUAUGAUAAUACAUUCAGUCAUAAAUAAAAUGUUUAGUUUUCCCUUUGCAUGAUAGAGAGAAAAAUGUAUCACAUGAGAAACAUGAGUAUUUUUAGAGUUUAGACAGGAAGGUUUUGUCCCUAUCCAUCCAUCCUUCAUCCAAACCGCCAUGCAUCAAUCAUCUUCCAUUCAUCCACCCACACAUCUCUCAAUCCAGCUAUCCAUGCAAACACCCUCAUAUCUGUCCAUCAACAUGCAUAUACAUACAUACAUACAUACAUACAUACAUACAUACAUCAUUAUUCACCUUUCCAUUCAUCACUCCUCUCUCCAAUGAUUCAUCACUCAUUCAUCAUCAGUCCUUUCUUAUUUUACCCUCCAUCAACAUAUCAAGAUAGUUUUGAUUAUUUAUGUAACAAUGCAUCAUUUAUAUAUUCAGCUACAACAAGUCAGCAGUACAUAAGUUUAAUACAGACAUUACUUCAGCCUACUUGUGCAAUACAUCAAUACAUGAAACCAAGAAUUGCUUUAACUCACUUGGGGAAGUUCAAAUGGGAUCCAGAACUCAGCCCCUUCCUUCCUGAUAUAUAUAUAUAUAGUCCCGUAAGUCUACUCUGUCUGACUGAAGGGUCUGUUCUCUUACCACAGGGCAGACACAGAGCAGGCUGAGACACUGGACCAUGUUUCCGUUGCAUUCCAUCUCCAUCCUGGUCCUCAUGAUCUGCCUGGGCCAGCCGACCCGCAUGCAGGAUGGGCACCUACCCAGACCCUACAUCUUUACUGAACCAGGCAAUGUGCUACCUAGAGGGAUACCAGUGGUCAUCAUGUGCAAGAGCCCUGUUGGGUUUGAUCGGUUCCGCCUGGAGAAGGAAAAUCUCAGAAUCAUAGAUGUGAUAAACUCCUCUUCUUCUAAGACAGAAGCCAGGUUCUACCUUGGUAGAGUGAGUAAAGACACUGUCGGACACUAUAGAUGUCUCUAUGAGGUAAAGAACACCUGGUCUCCACGCAGUGAGACCUUGGUUCUGGAGGUCAUUCAUGAGGACACCACCCCAGCCUCUGCUACAAUCACAGAAGUUACUCCAGGCUCCACACUCCAGAGUUACAAGGUGUGGAAUGGUGUCCGCAUGGCCCUGGCUGGGGUAAUCUUGCUGUUCCUGGGGGCAAUCAUUGGAGAAGCUUGCUACAGCCAGCAAAAGUCCACAGAUAGCUUCAGAACCCCAGGAGGACACAACCAAGGGGACUGAGUUUCAUCUUGGUGUCCAAGAAGACCAAGAGCUCAUAUUGGCCCAUGAGUUCCAUGGGUCUAAACUGUUGCUGGAGAAUAUUCUCUAUUUAGAGUCAGACAUUUGUCUUGAGAAUUAGCUUAAACAUGUGAUUUCACAGUCAGGAGCCCCCCCCCCCCUCCCGCACCCUCUUCCUUGGUCUUUCUUGCCUUCUGACUCUUUUUCCAUCCAUUAACUUCCAGCCUAUGUUGGUCCUUAAGGUAAAGUGAGUUUCAUGUAAUAUAUUAUAUAAUUUUAAAAAAUGUGUGUUUGUAAAGAACUACGGCAAUGAAGGAAAGCUGAGAGUGGGAGAUAUAGUCUUCUCCAUGGAGGAGCACACCUAAUAAAUAAAACUGCCAAACAUGGUGGCAAACACCUUUAAUCUCAGCACACGAGAGUGAGAGAUAGGCA